CGCGCGGGUCGAUGGAGAUUGGCAGCGGCUGCGACGGCGGCGCCACCGAGCAUCCUAGAAAACGGAAGAAGGCGGCGGCGGAGGAGGAGGAGGCGGUGUACGACCACGAGGAGGAGGAGGUGUACGAGCACGAGGAGGGCGUGAUCCCGGCGGAGCUGGUCGAGGGAAGCAAGCAUGGCAAUGGAUCUAUCUUCAGGCCCGACGAGCAUCCCCUGCACAGCCUCUACCACCUCCACGACACCAGGGAGACUCGCUUGGGACCAAUGAGGCUGUCGGAACCGAUCGACAUCUGCCUCCCGCGCUGGACCGCUUGCAGGCAACACAAGGGUUGCGCCAUGAUGCAGAUCUUCUCGCUCAAGCUCAGCAAGCUACCAAGAGGAGCAGCAGCCGCCGGCCAUGGCGGCCCCAUCCAGCUGUACGGGUUCAUGGCCGUCCGCGAUCUACUGAACCCUCUCCGCAACUACGUCUUCAACCGCACCAGGGAGGAUCCGUUCGUCAUCCAGGACCUCCGCUCGGACCCCUUCAUCAACCUCUCCGGCCCCAAGAGAGGCAUCUACCUGCAGUGCCGGGUGCUGGUCGAGUACGACAUGAAGAUAAAGAGAGGUGAAGACACGGGAGACGAUGAUCUGCCCCUCAUUGAUGGAGCUGCCACAUUCUGCGAGCUGACCUUCAUCCAUGGCGCCAUCACCAACCGGAUCAAGGGAGACUGCGGCGCCCGGGUGGACAUUGCCCAAGCACUCCUCCAUGAAGCUGUGGAGGCCACGGUGCAGGUUUGGGUGACAGAUUCAGGAGGGAAUGCCAGUAGUGGCCUAGACCUGUCUAUAACCGGUUUUGUUGGUCGAAUACCCCAGGAGAUCAAGAUCUUCCGUGGCACCAUCGGGGACCUAUGUGACGUGAAGAGAUUUGUGGUUGCUGUGAGGUUGAACUCUGUCUUGUUUCUGCAUUUUAAGGUUCCAGCUCUUGGAGCAGAUCCCAUCUGCAAGUUUGCCGCCAAUGCUGUAGCGCAUGGAUGCACCUACCGUUGCCAUGAACUCGAUGAUUCCUCAACUAUAGAAGUCAAAGUGACCUGGUCAAAUCUGUACUAGCCGGUUCAUGCAUGUGACCUUCGAAUCCACAGUGCAAGUUUGAUAUCCAGAGAAUAUUCAUGUAAUCUUCUUAUUUGUUCAUGAGUAGAAGUUGUCUUAUCCAAAAUGUGUAUGGUUCUUAUUUUGGAACCUGAUUAAAGGUUUACCCUCUUUGCAAUUUAUCUGGUUCACAUAGAUGACUUGGCUGCUAGAGUGGUGUGUUUUUCCCCCCUUUGUAGGUUGGUGAGGAUGAUCAAAAGUUGCCUGAAGGAAUUAGUAUGGAUAUGGUUUCAAGGAUCAUAAUAGAGAAUGGCUAUGCCUGACCAGUUGUUUGGACCCUCUGAAUAGUCAGUCACAAGGCUGUAUUAAGUGCCGUUGAAAAUGAUUGCAUAUC